AUGUUCCGCUGCAGAGAAAGGGAUCAGGUUACCCUUGUGAUGGUGUGCUUGAAGGAUCAGAAAAGUCUUCAUCAGAAUGAAAUUUUCCCAGACAAAUUCAUGCGUCGUGAAAUACUUGCUAUCGUCGUCCACUGUACAUUCAUGGAGGAUGGGUGUAUUUGGAAAGGAGAAGUGAGAUAUUUAGAGAGCCAUAUGAAUACGUGCGAGUUCCUGAAGAUACCUUGUGUACAUCCUGAGUGUGGCGUGCUGGUAAAAAAAUCAGAACUUACUUUGCAUUUGGAAAGAGAAUGCAUGUACCGAUUGGAGAAGUGUACAUUUUGCCAGAGACAGAUAGUUUUGUCCAGGAUGCGGGAACACCAAGAGAAAGAAUGUCCUUCAUGUCCAGUUACAUGUGAAAAGUGCAAUAAGGAUGGAAUUCAACGGAGCAAAUUGAAGGAUCACCAGAAUGCUAUUUUUGGCGACUGUGAAGCCGUGCAGGGACCAUGCCCCUUUUCUCAGAUUGACUGCCCUAAAACAGAUGUCCUUAACCAAAAGGAAAAGAAGAGCCAACGAUUGAGGAAAAAUGAAGAAAGAGUAAAUGUAACAUACAGUACUAAUAGUAAAGUAGAAGUGGUAGCACUAGUAGUGGGAGGAGCAGUAGCAGUAGUUGUAUUAAAAGUUGCAGUGGCAGCAGUAGUAGUUGCAGUUGAAGUUGUAACAUUAGAACACUUCGCAAGAAAUACUGAACGAGAAAUUAUCGCUCCAGCUGUUGAAUAA